AUGGUGGGCGUGGGACCAAGGCGGCAGCCGAGCCGCAGAGGCUCCAUGGCAGACAUGCCAAAGGACCUCUUGCAGGAGAUCAAGAAGCUGGAAGAGCAGUUCACUGUCGAUGCUACCAAGCUGAAGCAGAUCACCGACCACUUCGUCAAGGAGCUGGCCAAGGGUCUGUCCAAGGAGGGCGGAAAUAUUCCCAUGAACCCGACAUGGGUCAUGGGCUUCCCAACGGGUUACGAAACCGGCACCUUCCUCGCCCUCGAUAUGGGCGGUACCAACCUCCGUGUCUGCGAGAUCAACUUGCCGGAGGAGAAGGGAGAGUUCGACAUCAUCCAGUCCAAGUACCGCAUGCCCGAGGAGCUGAAGACGGGCAACGCAGACGAGCUGUGGGGAUACAUUGCAGACUGUCUCCAGCAGUUCAUUGAAUACCACCAUGAGGGCGAGAAGCUGGAUUUGCUCCCACUCGGUUUCACCUUCUCCUACCCCGCCACGCAAGACUACAUCGACCACGGCGUUCUGCAACGCUGGACCAAAGGCUUCGACAUUGACGGUGUCGAGGGCAAAGAUGUCGUUCCCCCUUUCGAGAAGGCCCUGGCAGAGCGCGGAGUCCCCAUCAAGCUGGCUGCCUUGAUCAACGACACCACCGGCACUCUGAUUGCUAGCAGCUACACUGACCCUGAGAUGAAGAUUGGAUGCAUCUUCGGCACGGGUUGCAACGCAGCAUACAUGGAGCAUGUCAGCGAGAUCCCCAAGCUUGAGCACUGGAACAUGGACCCCAAUCAGGAGAUUGCCAUCAACUGUGAAUAUGGUGCCUUCGACAAUGAGCACCUGGUUCUGCCACGCACCAAGUAUGAUAUCAUCAUCGACAAGGACUCCCCUCGUCCAGGCCAACAGGCCUUCGAGAAGAUGAUCGCAGGAUUGUACUUGGGGGAGCUCUUCCGUCUGGUCCUGGUGGACCUUCACGAGCAGGGCGCCAUCUUCUCUGGCCAAGAGAUUGCUUCGUUGAAGAAGCCGUACUCUCUCGAUGCCUCUUUCUUGUCCGACAUCGAGAACGACCCGUAUGAGAACUUGCAAGAAACCUACGAUGUCUUCUACGACAAGAUGAAGAUCAACUGCAGCAAGCCUGAGCUGGAAUUGAUCCGGAGGUUGGCGGAGCUGAUUGGCACGCGAUCUGCAAGACUUAGUGCGUGCGGUGUCGCUGCCAUCUGCAAGAAGAAGGGUUACAAGACUGCGCACGUUGGCGCUGAUGGAUCGGUGUAUAACAAGUAUCCACAUUUCAAGGUAAGCGUCCCUCACAUUGAGACUGAAGUUGAGCGUCGAGCUAACGACCCCAUCAGGCCCGUGGCGCACAAGCCCUGAGAGACAUUCUCGACUGGAAGGAGGGUCGCGAUGGCAAGCCUCUUGGCAAGGGCCAUGACCCUGUCGAGAUCUUGCCCGCUGAGGACGGCUCUGGUGUGGGUGCCGCAUUGAUCGCUGCUCUGACCCUCAAGCGUGUGCAAGAAGGCAAGCUCAUGGGUAUCCGGGACGCAAAGUCUCUGCUUGAGGGUGCCGGUGCUGCGAAAAAGUGA